CGUGAUCGGCGCAUGGUGAAGAAAAACGAAGAGCGACAAAGAACAGGCCCAGCCAUUCUGGUACCCGGCACAGUCCACCAACUAUUCCGGAAUCUACUGGACGGACACUCAGAAGAGUCAGUGGACUUCCGGGUACGAUUCGAAGGCUGAUGGCAGGCGUGUCCGGAACGAGGGAGUUGUGGCAGCGAUGGGGGUGUCUGUCUGAGCAGUGACGUCCGCGGUGCGAUGUGAACACGACCAUCAAGGACCAGGCUGUAUCUGGUUCUUGCGGCGAUCGUCACCGCCACGCUAGCGGCAGCCGCGUUCCUCAUAAUCUACGGCGCACCUUCCUCUGGUGAAGUUGCACAUACGCAACCGACGACAGAGGAGAUGGUAUAUACGGAACAACGUUAUUUUACCGUGUGCACCGAAGGCGCACCGAAAACGACAACGCUAUCGACAAAGCCUUCGGUUACGACAAAAGCUUCCGUGCGUCACCUUUCAUUCACUAAAAGCAAGAGUACGCAUAAGACAAUUACCACUUUACGAAACGGACGCACGAAGAGAGAAGAAAGACUGACCACAUUCACCUCAAGGAGAAGAUCCAGGACACGAGUGACUACGACAAGGCCGCCUUCGAGGUCUUCUCGUCGAAGACGGCGUUGGAGAGCGAAGACAGGAGCGACGACAUUGAGAACCACGGUAUCUGUACGCGUGCCAAGAUGGAACACCAGUGGAAACGCGAACGCCACCACCGCAGCCACCACUACUACGCCAGUCCAGACUGCUACAGCUACGCCAGUCCACACCACCACGAAGACAAGUCCUUCCACCACAAGCACUGAAAGGACAACACCUACAAUAACUUAUUCUACUUCUUCCUCACAAGCAAGUUCUACUAGUGCGUUGACGUCGAAAGAAAUUAAAAUUUCAACGCUAACCACAGAGACCACCACGACCACAAGCCGUCCACUUUCAAGUUCGACGUUGGUAUGCACAGUUGGGAGACACGCGACAACGAAAACGGUCUACCCCUCGGAUGGAGUUUGCGCUUACAUCUUAUUCGAUUCAGUCACAAUGAACAACAGCCUGGAGUUCGCGGAAGGUUACAGCGGUACUCCUCCCGGUACCUUCAGCCGUUUUGUCGCAGCAGCCUACGACGCAAGAGUGUCAUCCUACGGCAUAGCCGUUAGUCACAGGAACGCUGAUCACUGCUUGGAAGGCCUAAAUACUACCGAGGGGGGAAGUGCCUUCAAGCAACUGUGGGACAAGAAUAUCCGUCAGCAUGGCAUCCUAGACAUUCCCAUCAGUGACGACGAUUCGCCCGUGUCAGAUGCCUCUGGAUUGGCUGCCAUCGUGGGUCUUCUAAAGAUGUUCAAAGAGCUGCAACAUCGUUACAGCGACGGACCUGGAAGUUACAUCUUCACUGGAGUUUCCGCCCCACACCGUUCAACUGCAGGGCUGUACUCAGAUUACAAUUGGAGGCUAAAUCUCCUGCUCAGCGAUGCUCCGAUCAACGCCCUCAUCCUCAACUCUCAUUUCACGGAGAAGGACGGUGGAACCGGCUGCCAAAUGACAGGGCCCAACACCUGGGACCGCGUGCAUAGCCCUAAAAAGCCAACCAUGCUAUCCGCUGUGGAACUGCUGCAAACGUUGGAUCUCCCACAGAACGUGAAGCCUUUCUUGUCUCUGACAUUGGCUGGGAGGCUGUACAACUCACCGAAGCCAUUUGACAACGACCAGCUUGAGGCGGGCAACACUUGCGGUGACGUCACAGAGGACUACCUAGACAGUCCGGAACGGGCGUGUCUGAAUAAAGCCACCUACGUUUGGAAGGAUCGUAAAGGCAUUCAAACAUGGGCAGUUCACAACGAAGGAUCCUGGGUGUUCGUUUUCGACACAAACGUCACCGUACGUUCAAAGAUGUGCCAUGUAGCUCACGCCGACCUCCCCCGUCCAACAGGAUGGGCAGCGUACGACAUCGAAUUUUCGGACGUGCAAAACUCCUGCGGCGACGUCACCUUCACUGACGGCUUUGCCAUCCUCCACUGGAUACUUAAUUUCAUCGUCCGGUCAUUCCGUCAGAACGAGAGGUGUUAACAGCGGGGAGGCGUUCCAUAACGAGCGUGUGACGACGCAUUUCCAAAUUCUUAACGAAGGAACUUAUAAUGCACGGGUACUCGCCAGCUUAUAUGAAUAUAUUAUUGAUCGUGCAAUAGGUUCAUAUAUGGCAACAUAUUGUCGUUAAUAUAUACAUGAACCCAACUAUU